GGUUCGUCAAGUUAUACCAGCCCUUGUUCGCUUCAUGGCUACACACCGUAGCUGAAUCGACCAACGCAGCAGGUGGGCACUAGCCUCGAAGGUCGAGCUGUCCACCUGGGUACUGACCGUACCCACGAUGACCUACACCGUCCACGGCGUGCGCAUCAUCAACACGAACCCAAAGGACUUCUUCGUCGUCGAGGAAGCCGUGUUAUGCGGCGGAUACUGGACGUACGCCAACGACGCCCGCACGCUGAUCAUGAACGGGAGCGGCACCUCGGGCGCGCUGCGCCUGCGGGGCGAGGACGGCGAGGAGUUCCUCGUCCCCCUCGGGGCCCACAACUACAAGCGCUGGUGCGACAGCGUCACGGACCUCACUCCGGACGACUCGGCGGUUAGGAUUCAGCCCGAGUAUUAUGGCGGCGCGCGGGGCGGGAUGCUCUGGAAGCAGCUCGCCGAAAUCUCGAAGAAGAGCUCGAAGGGCACCCAGAUCGACGUGAAGUACACGUCCGAAAAGGACACGGUGUUCAAGGUCCACAUCACGAUAGCCUGAGUUGGCACAGGGACAGCGUUUGGGAGAGCUUGUUGUUGUUGUUGUUGUGAUCUGUUGGUGUAUUGUGGAACGAUUGUACGAUAUCUGGUCGACGGUGUCAGUGAAUAACGUGGGUCACA